UUAACGCCAUUCACGUUGUGCCGCAAGGAGGAUCUUCCUCGCAUGCCGACAGCUGAGGCUAAAUCCCCGCUACCGUCGCUUACUAUCUUGUCACUGUCACUUCUUUAACAACAUAAUUUAAUCCAUAUUCGCUUUAAAAACAGCGAAGUCAUAUCCACGUUAUAUAAACACAGCUUUUCCUUUGAUAGCUUCUUGUUAGUGAAGACUCGACGAUCUGUUAGCCACACCAAAAGAACACAACUCCAGUAUAUUCAGUAUUAUUAUAAUAUUUUAGUUAUUUUUGUGUGUUUUUUUUAACUCGACAAUGACAGAAGAACUCGAACAGAUUCUCCUGCAAAUGACACAGCCUGACAAUGCUACUAUCCAGCAGGCUACAAUACAUCUGAAACAAGCUUUCAAAGACCCAGCCAUCAUUCCUGCUCUUUGUGCUGUCAUGGGUGGCUCCCAAAAUCCUCAGGUCCGUCAGUCGGCUGCGGUGAUGCUGAGGCUGAGAGUGAAGAAACGGUGGAAGAAGAUAAGCCCUGCAGACAGAGAAAGCCUCAAGGCGGUGGUGUUGCAGGCGUUCAUGCAGGAAACAGAACACACAGUGCAGCACUCGCUUUCCCAGUUGUGUGCAGUCAUGGUCAAACACGAGACGCCCGACAGCUGGCCUGCCCUGUUACAGCUCCUCAAUCAAGCCACCAAGAGCGUCGACCCGCAUGACAGACAGGUUGGACUCCUGCUUCUGAACAAGGUGAUCGAGUCCAACCCCGAGCCUUUCCAGCCUCACUACUGCCAGCUGCUGCAGCUCUUCAGCACCGCGCUACAGGACCACAACAAUCCCACAGCCCUGUACUACUGCAUCCUCACACUCACCGCCAUCACGGCCUACACCGGCACCGAACACAUGAACCAGAUGCGCUCCAUCAUCCCCGGUCUGAUCAUCGCCCUAAAACACCUCAUUAAAGCCGAUCAGAGCCAAGCCAGCGAGGCCAUGGAGGUGUUUAACGAACUGAUGGAGAGCGAGGUGUCCAUCAUCGUGCCUCACGUUGCAGACAUGGUUCACUUCUGCUUGGAGGUUGGCAGUGACACCACGUUGACCGACUCCCUUCGAGUUAAAGCGCUAUCUUGCAUUUCCUUUCUCAUCAAGUUAAAGAGCAAGGCGGUGCUGAAGCAGAAGCUACUCAUCCCCAUUCUGCAGGCCAUCUUCCCCAUUUUGACUGCAGCGCCACCGCCUGGCGAGGAGGACCCGGAGGAUGAGGAAGAUGGAGACAGCGCAGACAAUGACAACCCCAAACAUUGUGCUGCUCAGAUUAUCGACACCAUGGCGCUCCGUAUGCCUCCUGAGAAACUCUUCCAACAUCUGAUGCCGCUGACUCAGACCUGCCUUGCCAGCGAUAAUCCCUAUCAGAGGAAGGGGGGCCUCAUGUGUCUGGCCGUGCUGGCUGAAGGAUGUGCGGACCAUAUACGCACCAAGAUGCUGUCGUCAGUGCUGCAGACGGUCUGCAUAAGUCUUUCUGAUAGUAAUCAGGUGGUACGCAGCGCCGCUCUAUUCGCUCUCGGACAGUUCUCUGAGCAUUUACAGCCUGACGUCAGUAAAUAUUGUGAAGAAUUGAUGCCUUUGCUGAUGGGCUACCUUUCGUCCUUGAACCAAGCCAAGGUCGGACAUAUCACUAAAGCCUUUUACGCACUGGAGAACUUCUUGGAGAACUUAGGAGCUGAAAUCGAGCCUUACCUUACCACGCUGAUGGACACUAUGUUGUCUGCACUGAACAGCACAGACAGCAUGAAAAUCAAAGAGCUCACCGUGUCUGCCAUCGGCGCCAUCGCCAAUGCUGCCAAGGAGCUGCUGGUUCCUUACUUCCCUCCAGUGAUUGCAAGCCUAAAAGGCUUCCUGACCACCACCACGGAGGAAAUGAGGUCUCUGCAAACCCAAUCGCUGGACACACUCUCAGUGCUGGCUCGAACUAUUGGUAAAGAUGUCUUUAGCCCUCUUGCCGCGGAGUGCGUUCAACUGGGACUGAAACUCACCGACUCUAUCGAUGACCCAGACUUAAGACGCUGCACGUACAGUCUCUACUCGGCUGUGUCCACAGUCUGCCCGGAAUGUUUGACUCCUCACCUCGAUCACAUUACAACCAUCAUGCAUCGUGCCCUCGAGUCCAGCGAAGGCAUCACGGCACACCUGGAAGAGGACAAGACGUUUGUCCUGCUGGAUGACGAUGAUGACGACGAUGAUGAUGAUGACAAAGGAGAGGGAAAAGAUACGGAUGAAUUUCUGGAAGAUGAACCCGAGACGGAUAUCCACGAUGUUGCAGGGUUCAGCGUGGAGAAUUCCUACAUUGACGAGAAGGAGGACGCCUGCGACGCGCUGGGGGAGAUUGCCUUCAAUACCGGUGCUGUUUUCCAGCCCUUCCUGCAGUCAAGCUUUCAGCAAGUUUUUGAGAUGAGAAACUAUCCACAUGAGGAUGUUCGCAGAGCAGCAUUUGGAGCCAUGGGCCAAUUCUGCAGAGGACAACACAAAGUGUGGCAAGAGAAUCCCACUGACUUUAACCACCAAGCCCUACUGAGCAUGCUGAAUGAGGUGAUGCCGUGCUUCUUGGAGACUGUGCGUACGGAGCCCGAGCGCCAGGUUGUGAUGGGAAUCCUGGAAGCCAUGAACGGCGUCAUCAAGUCCUGCAAGGAGAAGGCUUUCGAGGACCCCGUGCGUCUCAAGGAGGUCUGCAGUGUCAUCUGUGAUGUGCUUAAGAAGAAGACUGCAUGUCAAGACAGUGAUGAUGCUGACGAUGAUGAGCAACAGGCGGAGUAUGACGCCAUGCUACAAGAGUUUGCCGGUGAGGGCAUCCCUCCACUAGCUGCCGCCGUGCCAGUGAGCAACUUUGCUCCUUUCCUCAAUGACAUGCUGCCUCUCAUCCUCAGCAAAACUAAACCAUCAUGCACCGUGGCGGAAAAAUCCUUCUCUCUUGGCACAAUUGGAGAAAUUCUUCAGGCUCUAAUCGGCGCGCCUGAAGGUGGAAAACUGGCGAGCAAACUCCACAAAAGACUCCUCCCGGUUUUGGUAGCUGGAGUGAAAGACGGCGACCCGGAAGUCCGCAACAACAGCGUGUUUGGACUCGGGUGUCUUGCCCAAGCUGCUGGUUCCACUGUAGUCCCAGAUUAUCCCAUGAUGCUGUCAGUCUUCUCCAACUUGCUGACCAAAGAGUCAGACCGCAGGGUGAUUGAUAACUUGUGUGCUGCCCUCUGUAGGAUGAUCCUAAGCAACGUGGAGGUGGUACCGCUGGAGCAGGUUGUCCCAGCUCUGGUUGCUCGACUUCCCCUCAAAGAAGAUAUGGAGGAGAACAAGACUGUGGUCAGCUGCCUGGCCAUGCUCUACUCACACAGUCCUGCUCUGAUUAUGAAUCUAAUGAAACCCAUCGUCAGCUCAUCCUGUCACGUGCUGGGCAGCAAGGAGGUUGAUGAAGAAACGAAGAUCAUGCUGGCUAUGUUUUUGAAGCAAGUCGCUCAACAGCACGCGGACGACUUCCGAGCGGCUGCGACCUCACUUCCCGGGGAGCAGGAGGCCCAUCUCAGCGCGGUUAUCGGCGCCUCGUGACGGCGACAAGUCAGUGUUGAGGGGCCAUCAUCACCUGCAAGAAGAAGAUGAGAAGAUCUUCAAUCACAGUUACAUGUGAUGCUGCAUCAUAAUAUCAUAAUCAUAGUCUUGUAUGCUUAUUGGUAACAUCAAUAAAGCUACAUUUUUCUCA